UGUACUACGGACUGCCAGACGAAACACGCCAAGGAAGAAAAAAAAAUGGGCGUCCAGCAUCUGCUCAAGCUGAGGAUGGCGUCGCCCCACCCGCACCCGCACCCCGGCGCGCCGCUCGCCGCGCGCCCGCUCUCCGCGCUCGCCUCCUUCUUCCUCGCCCGGCCCUCCUCCACCGCCGCCGCGCCUCCUCCUCGGCACGUCACCCUCUCGUGCUCGCGGCCGCACUGCAACCACAACCAGUGGGCCGCCAGCCGGUGCCGCGGGACGGCGGGCCGGCGGCGGCUGCAGGUCGUCGUGGCGAUGUCCUCGUCGGCGCCGCCGCCGCCUCCGGGAUCCGUGCAGAAGUCGGAGGAGGAGUGGGAGGCCAUCCUCUCGCCGGAGCAGUUCCGCAUCCUCCGCCUCAAGGGCACGGAGUAUCCUGGAACAGGUGAAUAUGACAAGCUCUUCGCUGAGGGUGUUUAUGAAUGUGCUGGAUGCGGGACUCCAUUGUACAAGUCAUCUACUAAAUUCAACUCAGGUUGUGGUUGGCCAGCAUUCUAUGAAGGAUUUCCCGGAGCCAUCGCACGAACGCCUGAUCCUGAUGGCAGGCGAAUAGAGAUCACCUGUGCGGCUUGCGGAGGACAUUUAGGACAUGUCUUCAAAGGGGAGGGGUUCAACACGCCUACAGAUGAGCGGCAUUGUGUUAACAGUAUCUCACUCAAGUUCAUUCCAGCCUCAGAAGAUAGUAAGCUUUGAGCAUGGAAGUAUAAGCCCGCAAUAGAACAGUCUGCGCAGUCAUAGUAAACCUGUGAUUAUUAAAAAAGUAUCGGAUUUUUCAGAAAGCAAUUUAUACUCUGCGGUUUGUCAAUAAUGCGAAAUACCAAGUCUGAUGAUUGUCGAAAACUUUUGGCUGUAACCUAUUUACACUUCCAGUUCUACUUUUUUCUGAUAACCAGAGAAGUUCAUAUCCGUA